GGGGCGGGCGCGGCGGCGGCGGCGGCGGCGGCGGCACGUGAAGGUCGCGGCGCGGCGGGAGCGGCGCUGCCGGUACCGGGAUGGACGCGCCGACCGCCGCCGGGCUGGGCGGAGCCGACCCGCAGCUCCAGCGCUUCAUCGAGGUGGAGACGCAGAAGCAGCGCUUCCAGCAGCUGGUGCACCAGAUGACCGAGCUCUGCUGGGAGAAGUGCAUGGACAAGCCGGGUCCGAAGCUGGACAGCCGGGCCGAGACGUGCUUCGUGAACUGCGUGGAACGCUUCAUCGACACCAGCCAGUUUAUCCUGAACCGGCUGGAGCAGACGCAGAAGUCCAAGUCGGCUUUCUCAGAGAGCCUGUCUGACUGAGCGGGACCCGUGCCCCGGGGGACGCCAGCCAGCCCCCACCAGGCCAGGCCCAACACCGCGCCGGCUCCUCAUCACUCUGCUGCCCGAAUGAGCCACGGUCAGCUCUGGGGUUUAGGAUUUAAUUAAAUGCCAGUCUUGGGGAAGUUGCAGCCAGAUGAGAGCCCACGACAGAGGCACAGUCGCUCUGCCUUGGGGUGAUGUGCUGCUCCUGGCCCUGCGGGCCAGUUGCCAUCUGUGUCCUGGGACUCCAGGGCUACCGAUGCUACGCAGGGAGCGUUUGGAACGCACACGCUCAGCUGAACGGAGGGGUGGUGGUGGUGCUCGCAUCAGGGGGUGCUCCCGGCGCUGAUGUGAAUCUCGGCUCUGGGCAAGGCCAGCCUGCGACCGCUGCCUGAAAUGCUGCUGCACAAAACGAACCCUCCUGGGUAGAUGCUAGCAAGCCCUGCAGGCACCAUCACGAUGCAGUCCGGUGCAGGUACCCUUAGCGAGAAGAGGUUCUGAGCACAGUGAUCAUCCCAGGCAGUGUCACUACUGAAAAAUACUUUGAGGCCUCCCUAGAUAAAUCAUUCAUGUGGCCAAGUGACAAAUUUUCAAAUUGCGGCACAACUCUGUCAAUACUGACUUGCUCCAUUAACUGCUUUCCCCUGGUCAAUGUAAUAAAUAUUAACUGGGUCAAUUUUUAA